AUGUUUACCUUUUUCAAAAGCAUUGAACAAACAACUGAGAUCCUAUUAUGCCUAUCACCUGCUGAAGCUGGCAAUCUCAAGGAAGGAAUCAAUUUUUUGCAAAAUAAGAGCACUGGCAAAAGCUACAUCCUCUACAAGAAUAAAAGCUGUCUGAAGGCAUGCAAGAACCUGUGCAAGCAUCAAGGUGGCCUUUUCAUAAAGGACAUCGAGGACUUAGAUGGAAGGUCUGUUAAAUGUACAAAGCACAACUGGAAGUUAGAUGUAAGCACCAUGAAAUAUGUCAACCCUCCAGGAAGCUUCUGCCAAGAUGAACUGGUUGUUGAGACAGAUGAAAAAAAUGGACUGUUGCUAUUAGAACUGAGUCCUCCUAACCCUUGGGAUUCAGACCCCAGAACAGCUAAAGAUUUGGCUUUUGGAGAAGUGCAGGUAACAUACCUCACUCAUGCCUGCAUGGAUCUCAAACUGGGAGAUAAGAGGAUGGUGUUUGACCCUUGGCUAACUGGUCCUGCUUUUGCCCGAGGAUGGUGGUUGCUCCAUGAACCUCCCUCUGAUUGGCUGGAUAGGCUUUGCCAAGCUGACCUGAUUUACAUCAGCCACAUGCACUCAGACCACCUGAGUUAUCCCACCCUGAAGAAGCUGGCAAAGAGAAGACCAGAUAUUCCCAUUUAUGUUGGAAACACUGAAAGACCUGUAUUUUGGAAUCUGAAUCAGAGUGGUGUCCAGUUGACCAAUAUCAAAGUUGUGCCAUUUGGAAUAUGGCAGCAGGUAGACAAAAAUCUCCGAUUCAUGAUCUUGAUGGAUGGUGUUCAUCCAGAGAUGGAUACUUGCAUUAUUGUGGAGUACAAAGGUCAUAAAAUACUCAAUACAGUGGACUGCACCAGACCCAAUGGAGGGAGGUUGCCUAUGAAAGUUGACCUCAUGAUGAGUGAUUUUGCUGGAGGAGCUUCUGGCUUUCCAAUGACUUUCAGUGGUGGAAAGUUUUCUGAGGAAUGGAAAGCCCAGUUCAUUAAAACAGAAAGGAAGAAGCUCCUCAACUACAAGGCUCGUCUGGUGAAGGACUUGCAACCCCGCAUUUACUGUCCUUUUGCUGGAUACUUUGUGGAAUCUCACCCAUCAGACAAGUAUAUCAAGGAAACGAACCUAAAAAAUGACCCGAAUGAACUCAACAAUCUUAUUAAGAAAACUUCAGAUGUGGUAACAUGGACUCCAAGACCGGGAGCCACUCUUGAUCUGGGCAGGAUGCUGAAAGAUCCAACUGACAGCAAGGGCAUCAUAGAUCCUCCAGAAGGAACUAAAAUUUACAAGGAUUCCUGGGAUUUUGAACCAUACUUAAGAAUCUUGAGUACUUCCAUAGAAGAUGAAAUAUUUCUUCACUCAUCCUGGAUAAAAGAGUACUUCACUUGGGCUGGAUUUAAGGACUAUAACCUUGUGAUCAGGAUGAUUGAGACAGAUGAGAACUUCAACCCUUACCCUGGAGGAUACGACUAUUUGGUUGACUUUCUGGAUUUAUCUUUUCCAAAGAAAAGGCCAAGGCGGGAACAUCCUUAUGAAGAAAUCCGGAGCCGAGUGGAUGUCAUGAGGCACGUGGUGAAAAACGGUCUACUCUGGGAUGACUUGUAUAUAGGGUUCCAGACCCGACUCCAGCGGGAUCCUGACAUAUACCAUCAUCUGUUUUGGAACCAUUUUCAGAUAAAACUCCCCCUCACACCACCCAACUGGAGGUCCUUCCUGAUGCACUGUGGGUAG